AUGACGGUCAUGCCCCGAGCCAGCAUGACGAGGCAUUUCUGGAGCACAAUCCUGCGGGUGUUCCCUGCGCUGUUUGCUCAGGGUGCUUCCCAGUCAUUGCGCACACUGCGCUCAAGCGGCGACAUAUUUCAAAACGCUACACUCACCGAUUCGGGUGACGGGGAGAACAACUCCUGGCCACCACUGUGGGUGGUAUUGGUUGCUGGUGGCGUGCUGACACUGCUGAUCAGCGUUGUUGGGGUGUCACUCACAAUAUGGCUGAACAGCAGAGAGACUCCAGAAUAUAUGCAGGUUCCUGCAGACACAGAAGAACUGAUGCAGUCGCUCCAAGAGGUGCAAGAGGUCAAUAAAGUUCGCAACAAGUUCGACUUCAGAAUGCAGCAAAGGCUGAAGUGGCUUUUGGGAUCUCGGGCAGCUGGUCAGCUCACAACCAUCGCACACUCCCGACUAUCCAGCGAUGUGAAGCUGGCUUUCGAGUUGGUGGUCAUGGUUGGUAUCCUUUACUAUGUCGACCUGACACUUGAUAUCCAGGCUUGCAUAACAUUCUGGGAGACUGGCAAUCCGAAGUUCUUCAUGACAAAUGUGAUGGCUAUGUUGGCUGCCUCAGCCUACACAGCUUAUCACGUUUUUACCCAUGGCGAUAUGCUGUUGUCCGAUCUUUCGAGGAACGAGGUCUUCAUGUUGGGGAUCUCAUAUGUGUUCCAGCUGCACGUCAUUUAUCUCUGUUGGAUAAGUUGGAAACGAGGCAAGAAGCACCAGCUGCUCAUCGAUUCUAAGUUUGCGGAGGCUGCCAUCGAAGCCGUUGUCUCCUCGCUUGUCCAGACGUAUGCCGUCGUCUUCGGUGCAAGGACUUUGUCACACUACCAACAACUCACGUUGUACCUGUCAAUUCUGGGGAGCCUUGCCUCCAUAUCCAAUGCCUUCACACUUUUCGACUCACCCAGUGGUAUCGACCAGGCUCCGGGAAAUGAGACCUCCCCAAUCAGCCCACGGCUUUUAUUGGUCAACGGUUUUCGGUUGUGUGAGCUGACCAACAAGAUCACCGGCCUCUCCCUCUUUCAGUUGGCCUUCCGGCCUUACGGUGGUUGCUUUGCGGCCGCUGCAAGCUACCUCGCAAUGACGGCGUCGAUCUGGUUUUUCGGUGGACAGGCAAGUUUUGCAUUGCCUUGUGUCUUUGCCUUGAUCAACCCACUGCUGGAGACACACAAUGCAGUGACGAUGCCGCACAUGGUAUACUAUAGCCUUCGCCUAAUCGAGACCACGAUCAUGAUCUUGCUGGUAUGGUUCGUGGCUGACGUCGAUGUGCAUCUGAUUUAUCAGCACUGCAUCCCUGCAGUUCUUGCGUUUGCUGCGAGCGGUGUUGGGAUGAUGGCCUUGCUACCUGCAGUGCGGUGCUGUGCAUCUGCUGGCUUGAUUAAUCAGAACGUCUACACCACUGCAGAGUGGGCUCGCAAACCAUUUAGUGCUGCGCAGUGCAAGUUGAGAGCGGCCACGCUUAAAGGAAAAGAUUACCAGGAGGCAACGGCCGUGAUGCUGCUGCCUGCUUGGCACGUUAUGGACGUCGCUCACAACAUUAACCGCACCAACCUGGACGCGUUUAUGGAGUUGGUGAAUGAGCCGCCAAUCCUGCAAAGCUUGUCACCGCCGCCCCCAGCCUUCAUGUACAAGGCCCUCCAUGUCCUGGGCAACACACCGCUGGAGGCCGACCAGAAGCUACGACACGGUCUCGUGACCUUUGCCCUUCAGGCUCUGCUUGAUCAUCCGACGCUCAUGGCACGAAUCUUCAUGGAGACUAAAGCCCUGGACGCCAUUGCUAGCCUGAUCCUGGCGGAGUGCUCUAUCACUCGAGUGGGCUUGCAGGUGGAGCUUCCUCGAGAGAUCUGCCAGCUGUUCCUGUCUGCUUGCAGCACCUUGUUGCGACAAAACGACACGGCUGCCCUACGUCGCCUGCAGACUUCGCAGUUGGCUCGCGCACUAGCAGCGGUGUCCCUGGAGCAGUAUAUGGAGCCGCAGCUACAGAAGGAGCUCGUCUUGGCAUUGGCCGGCCUUUAUCGCCCUGAGAAUUUGCAGCGCAGUGAUCUCCGUCUCAGGUUGGUUGUCUCUGGAGCGGUGGAGCAUGGUUCCUUGGAGAUCCUUUGUGCAGUCCCCCGCCUGUUCGAUGCGUUGUCGGCAGACCCAGUGGUGAGGACAUGCUUUCAGGUGUCGGCUGGCUAUCUGGUACCUUAUUUCUGCCAAAUGCUGAACCGUCUUGAUGCUGCAAAAGCUGAGCAAGCCAGUCUUGCGCAGGCAGAAUACCAGCCGCUGCUGCAGUCGAGCAGCCCAGACCCAACGGCAUCUGGUGAGGAUGUUCUCAACACCAGCAUCGAGUCCCUGCUUCAGUGCUUGCUGCUGGCUGCUCAGCACCUGCAUGCUGAAGAUGUCUCGAGCUGUUCGUCUGACUUGCAGAGAUUUGUGCAGCAGGCGCUCAAGUCGGCUGAGGAGACCCGGACAAGUACUGCCAAGAAGGUCCAGCUGCUCGUGGGGGCAAAGGGGCUCUUGCGGCAGCUGGAGGCUGCAGAAGCGGCAGCUGCGGAUGGAAGCGUUGACUGGAGCGGCACUCCUCCUGGACUCGAGAAGCCCCUGCUCCAGGUGGCAAUCGAGUCUGGUAGCCUGGCAGCGGUGAAUUUCUUGCUGUCAAAGCGAGCCGAUGCGACACAGCGAUCCAGUACCGGUCAUUCGGCCUUUCACGUGGCCCUAUCUGUUGGUGAUACAGACAUUCUGGAAGCACUGGAGUCUAGCAUGGGAACGCCAAGCCUGCCAGACGGCGUGCUCUUCGCGGGCGGCAGUAACGCUGGAAGCGACCUUGCAAGCUACACCACGUCUGACGUAGCAAGCAGCGAAGCCGGCGCAGUAAGUGUCCGAUUGGGGCUUUGGACUCGAGCCCGAGGCCCACCAUUUCACCUUCGGCUGCGACAUGGCCAACUUGUGGCAACCUUGGUGACAGGCGAAGAAGUUUGGAGUUGCGAGGCCAAGGUGCAGAUUGGCAGCACAGUCGAGCUCCGCUGGAGUAGUUGGGAGGCGGCUCAGGACCGUUGGGCCCAAGGCAAGGAAGGCCCCUUGCGCAUGAUCGUGAAAGUUCAGUCCAAGGAUGCAUUGCUGAUCAUGGGUGAAGAAAUGGCGUAUUUCUCACACUGGAAUUCUGUAGGCUAUGAGGAUCAGGUGCUCUUCGACGGCGUCAGUGUUUUGUUCGAUGGGCAAGGAGACCACACCAGGAGGGGCCGCUUAGACUAUGUGAAUGUGUACGGCAGGCAGGCGGUCACGGAUGGGCAGCAGUACUACGAGUUCAAGGUACGGAGGGUCGUUUGCAACCUGUACUUGGGGCUCAUCGUACCGGAAGCAGUACAAGUCAAAGACGGAAGCCACGAUUACGGCGGCGGCCAGUUUGACAGGUGGUGUGUCCGACUGAAGCCACAGUACAAGAAAAACGAAGUCAUGCUCGGAAGUAAAACAGUCAAGAUCAAGGCACCACUUCAGCCUCACUCCAACACUAUUGGAAUGCUGGUGGACAUGACAAAGAGAGCUGUUCUAUUUUCCUUGAACGGUGAGCUCCUGCAUGACCCAGUAUGUGACUUGCCCGAGACGCUUUACCUCAUGGCGACAUUGGACACAGAGGGCGACCACUUUGAGGUGUCACAGCCAAGUCCUCCACCAAAGACCGUUGAAGCUUUGAAGAAGUUAAGUGCAUGCGGGGAAGUUCAGUCCUGGAUGUGCGACGAUUGCCUUUGCACUUACUCGCGCAUAGACAACACAUCGCAAGUGCAGCGCUGGACUUGCCGCAGAUCCGGUGGCAACCUCUGCGAGGGCUGUCGGCUCGGGGUCGGCACUCUACCAAACGGCUAUUGCGGCUUGAGCCUGAGUGCAUGGCGAGAUUCGGGCGUAACGGCCAUCGACGAAGAUGAUGCCUCAUUGCGCGGAUUCAGGCUGAUGAUGUCCAAGAAAAUGUGCUGGAGCAGAGGUCAACUUAUUGAAAGCUUGUUUCUCGCCACCCUGGCAAACCAUGGCAAUUGCGUGCUGGAGCUUCUAAUGAAGAUGCGUGAGAACCUGCACGCAAGCGUGCCUAUAACCUUCGUCGGGCGCUUCAACUUGCCAAGCCUUCUCACAAAACCCUCGGUCGAGAAGAUUGCGAGAAUGGCAUUGUCUGUCGGAAUCUUCGCAGCGCGGCCAUGGGCGGUGGACGCAGCUUUGGUUUUCCUCAAGUCGUUCAAAGAGCAGGAAGAAGGGCAGGAAGAAGGGCUGGACAAAAGCCGAACGAAGUCCUCGGCUUCGGUGAUUUCCGUCCCCUCUGGUGAUUCCCAUUAUGACGACAUUGCUCGGUCUCAGGCUGCCCCUUUACGAGAACCUUGGUUUCAGCACUUGCAUUUGCCCAGCUUGCUUUGUGCCUUGCAAAGCUACUGCGCAACUGGCCGGCAGCUUCAAAAACAUGCGAAUGCGCUGUAUCCAGUCAGCGAAACCGAGAAUGGUUGCAGCACCUGCCCGCGCCAUCCUGCCGAGUAUGCCUGCGACACCGGCGACUUCUUUCAAUGCCAUCAGUGCUUUCAUCUCUCCGAACGACCGGCUCCGGCACAGCAGGAGGACUGCAGCGCCGUGAUCGCCCGGCUCUUGGAAGAAGACCCCUCCUCUCUGGAUGUUCGGCUGUCGACUGAUCUCAGGAUGGCACCACGGGUAGGAGACCUCAUGCUGGCACGAGAAGCUGGACAGCGCGACUUCAUGAGCGAUCCUGUCUACCGGGUCGAGAAAGAUCAGCGUGGUCAAUUGCAGUUGGUCCACUUGGGAGCCGCUUCGCUGGCCCAUUCUCAGGACGAUGGCGAUACAGAUCCUUUGGAAGUGGGGCCCGUGAUGACCGACUGGGAAUCAGAGUCCGCGGCUUCUUCGGACGUGUCGUACGAUUCGGAUGAAGAGGAAGAUGGCUGUCCAAGCAUCGACAAGGCAGAGCCGCUUUGGUUUCUCAGCUCAGGCUCUACGGCCUUGCACUUGGCAGCGGCGCUGCCAUCGUCCAGAUUCUUGAAACAGCUUCUCGAUGCCUAUUCAGAGACGGAUGCUGGUCCGGCCGCAGAUGUCACCCAGACUAUUCCGAAAUCAGAUACAUCUUGGGUGAAGGAUGUGCGGAAACAGAUCGAAAGCUGGGGUCUGUCGGAAAGCCAGACGCACCAGCGGGUUUUCGUUUUCGACGCACAGAACCAGAUGGUGCGCUGGCCGCCAGACCGUUCACCCAUGCCACAGAGCAGGUUCCCCUUGACCCUGGUCUGCAGCGGAGAUCACUGGCUUUCCAGGAGGUCUGACCACGGUCAGACGGCAGUGCACAUCGCCGCCGUGGCCAACAACACGGCGCAACUGCAGCUGCUGCUGGAUGCCCAUGCUGAUGCCACUGCUCAAGACAACAAUGGAUUGACUCCGUUGAUGCUUGCGCUCAAGAUCCGCGGUGAAGAUGCGGCGUUUCGUCUCAUCACGCACACCGAGCAGAACCGGCCUGUGGCAAUAAACAGUGCAGACGUGUCAUUCUGCACAGCCUUACACUUUGCAGUGUUUGCAGGGCAUAUGGCGGCGACCGUCGUUAAGCGCCUCCUGGAAGCCCGGGCCAACCCGAUGCCAAAGAACAAAGAUGGCCACACUCCUUUGAUGCUCGCCAUACAGCAAGGCUCAGCUGCUGCCGGGGUGGUGGAGGCCUUCCUGAGCCCCGGGUCGUGGUCGCCGGAGGUGAGCCAGAAGCUGGACGACAAGGACAAGAGCGGCCGAUCGGCACUGAUGAUGGUUGUGGAGCGGAAGCUGGAAGACCAGGCAAAGCUCUUGUUGGAAGCCGGUGCAAAGCUGGAUGAGGAAGACAAGGACGGGAGAACGCCUCUGGAGAUGGUUCAGUCAGAAGGUAUGAUCAAGAUCUUGUGCGGCAGAUCUUCGCCGCCGCUCCGCUCUGCUCGGGGUGGCUCAGUUCUCAAAUGGCUGCUCGAUGCGAGACAUGGCCAAGUCUUGGCCCAGGCUUUGCGCCAGAGCGUCCCUCUCAGCCGCCUCGUCGAAGCAGGUCAGAAUUCCUCCUCGUUGCCCGAGAUGGAGAUUUUACUCCACUGGACGGCAGAGGAUGCGAAAACGCUUUCUGAAGAAGACAGGGAGGCGAGGUUCCAAGAAGUCCUUCGUGGCAUCUCCGACCAAAACAUACUGUCGGAAGUUCUGAGAUGUACAACAGAGCGAGAGUCGUCCUACAUCUCGGUGGCGACCUUCCUUGUGAAGCACGGAGCACGAGCGCGCGAUGCCAUCGGCCUAGCGAUUCGGCACAAGAGGGUGGCACUUGUCUCGCAGCUGCUGCAUGUGUCGCAGAUCACCCUGGAAGCCGAGUCCAACGAGGCCAAGGGUGGCUUGGCGGGCCUAGAGUUGUUGUGCGAGGUGUUGGAGAGCGCGGAGGGAGAAGUUCAACAGAUGGAGCCAGAUCUCUCUGCAAAAGAGAUUCUCCUCGUGCUGGGAAAGGUUGCCUACGGUGCGGAGCAGUGGGCGAAAGUGGACACAAAAGUUAAGACAAUCCAUCCGGUGCAACAGCCUGCGGAAUACAAGAAGCUAGUUCUCAAAGGAUUUCAAGACAUAGCCGCCAGGAAGAAAGAGCAGCAAGAAGCUCAAGCUAAGCAAGCAAAAAAGCAGCAGCAAGCUGCUGAACAAGCAGCUCAGCGGGCACGCCUCGAUUCCAACCUCGAGGAAAUGCUGGACGAAUGCAGCGAGUAUGGGGACGACUUUUCGGAUGGUUCGUGCACCGUCACACAAGCGGCAACAGGAGCGGAUGUGGCAGGUGCUGUCACUGACGGAUAA